CUCAAUCAACGAGCACUUUUGUGCUGAAAAUUGUCUGAAAAAAAAGUUUGAAAAAAAAAUUAAUCGAGCGUUAUCACGCGGCAAUCACGAUGACCACUCUGUAGCCAAGUAGUUGCAGGAAGCAUAAAAAAUAGCUGUGUGAGAGUUUUUCACAUGAAGUAGGACACGGGAAAUUAAAGUGAAGAAGGAAAAUUAAUUUUUCACCAUCGAGGAACCCCAAUUUGGUGUCUAUAUCUCCCGGCUGAAUUUCCCAAAUUCGUCUGAAUCUCGCGCAAAACCCCCCAAAAAGGUGCAAACCCGAAAUAAAGAAAGGACGAGAGACAUCGACCCAGAAAUUGUGGUGCCGACACAGUGUUACCUCGUGGGAGUAAUUUUGGAGCAAAUCCCACAUCAGGCGGCGGAUAAGUGGCCAGGAAAGGAUGAUUAGUGUUUGGUACAACAAUAGUGAAAAUAAUCGGGACUGGGUCCGCAUAGCUGGACGAUAGUAUCCAUUAUACCCUGUUAAAGGGCUUCGGAGUAACCGUAGAGUCACAAACUCCACUUGCUCGACCUCCAAGCUCCCACAGCAGACGCACCAGCAGCACCAGGAUUUGGAAUCCCAGCACCACCACAUUCCACCCACCACCGGAACGGAUAAGCAAGCAAAAAUGGGCAAGAGAGAAAUUAAACGUGGCGUCGUCCAGAGAACCUCAGAUGCUGGAAACACAAACCUCGUUGGGAAAUUCACCCAAAGCGUACGACGAAUCGUCCAGGAUGUAAAAGAUGAAGGAGCUGCAAGUGGAAUGAGCCGUGAGGAGGUGAUAGCUACCAAUGAAAGACUUCGUGCCGUAAGGCUACGCUUGGAAGAUUCAUACGACACCGCCAAGAAGGCACUCGUGACUCUAAUGAACAAAUACGGUGACUCCAAGACCCACCGGAAUAUCUUCAAUCGCUACCCACUGCUCAAGGUUAUGAUUAAGGAGGUUAUCCGUUUGGAGACGCAGUACUGGACGCUCGUGGACAUUCCCAAGCAGGAGAAGCAGGAGACUGUGCCAGCGUACGUGAUGCGUGCGUGUUCCAUUAUGGAGAAAACUCAAAAAUCCGGCGAAGGCGUCAAGACGUCCGCCAAGCUUGCCGAAGAAGCAGCUGAAAGGCGCGAAAGACUCGAUAGGCUUGAAUCGAUGACAACGGCACUAAUUGAACAGGAAAAUACACAGAUGAUUAACGAUUUGUACCGCUUGCUGAAGAAAUAUUCUGGAUUGCGAAAUCUAAUAAGAGAGCUCAAGUCGGAGUAUGGUAACUCGAAGCUAUAUCCAAUUUUUCCGCGCUACACAAUGCUCAAGGAUAUGAUUAAGGACAUCAUGCACGAUCCUGAUUACAUGGAAGUGUGUCACGAAGUAGACAACUAAAGUCUGCAGACGGUGGAUUUUUCUUCCCGCUCCCCGCUGCCCUCUCCAUGGGAUGUGGAGAUGACACAAGAGCGACAGCUCCCUGGAGGAAUUCCUCCCCCCCCCCAAACCCUCCCCCAAAGUAGCAUAGAGGUGGAGAGUAGAAAGAUAUGAAUACGGCAUGGCAUUGAUAUGCGUACAAUUGCGGAUUAUGCUGUGUUUAUGGUGGUCCUGGUAUAGCGAGGGAGGAGGUCAAUUGGAGUAGUACCAAAGAAGAUGCGCCGCAUGUUAAAGGAAAGCUCAUUUUCUGCUACAUACAUACAUAGGAAUUUAUUUACGGACCCUGCCGGCAUGAGGAAGGAAAUGAAACUUGACAUGACGCACUUGUAAUCUCCCAGAACGCCGAACAUGAUGGAAAUGACAAAUUAAUGUGGGCAAUAUUUCCAAGAAAAGUGUGAGAAUUUCCGAAAUGUCUCCAUAUAUCUUUUCCUUUGUGCUUUUAUUUUUACAAUUCCAAGAAGAUUUUUUCUUGAUGUGAAUCAAAAAUUCUGGAGAAUUCUCAAAUCAAAUGCAAUAGAAGCGAAAUUUUUACAAAGAAUUGAAUAUUAAUUGAAUUCUCUAUCGUCAUUUGUUAGAGAGGAUUCUUCACAGUCUUACUAAGAAAAUGAUUAAGGCUUUCAAACUAUAAUGGGGCAUUUAAUUUUAGAAUUUUAGGCCUUUGAAAGCGCAGAAGAUAUAAAAGAAUUUGUAAAAUAAUUUUUAAAAAUUCAAUUCAUUCAAUAAAAUAGAAAUAGGUAAUUUAAAAAAAAGGAAAAAUAAAA